AUGGAAGGCCUUUAUACUGCUUCCAAUUCUGAGCCUACUCAUGCUGAGCGUGUUGCCUUCCUUCAGGAUAAGCUUAGCCCCGCACUGCUUGAGUUGCAACAUUUGAAUUAUUUGGACCUGGGUUUUACUGAUUUUGGAGGAAGUGAAAUACCAAGAUUCUUUGGUUCCUUCAAAAACUUGAGGCACUUGAAACUCAAAUCCUCAAACUUCACUGGUGAAGUUCCUUGUGAACUUGGGAACCUCACAAACCUGUAUACUCUCGACCUUGGUUAUAACAAUUUGAGAAUCAAGAACCUUGAGUGUCUUUCUCAUCUUUCUUCCUUAUCAGUUCUUGACUUGACUGAGGUUAACCUUUUAAAUCAACCCAACUGGUUUCACCACAUAACAAGGUUCCCUUUUCUUCUUGAACUGUACUUGAGAAGCUGUCAAAUUUCCAACCCAGUGCCUUCCUUUGAUAUGUUCACUAAUUCUUCUUUAUCUCAUCUCACUAUUCUCGAUCUAUCCUCCAAUUAUCUCACUUCCUCUUUCGCAUUCCACAAGUUUAACUAUAGUGCAAAUCUUACAUGGGUAGACCUCUCCUAUAAUCAAUUAGAGGGUCCUAUUCCUGAUUCCUUUGGGGAAUUGAUUUUUCUUGAGGGGCUUUAUUUGAGUAACAAUAAGUUGAACGGCGAGAUUCCGAAAUCUCUGGGGAAUUUAAGUUAUUUAUAUACACUAGAUUUGUCAUACAAUGAAUUAAAUGGUACCUUUCCAGUUAUUGCCACAUUUUCAUCCCGGUUAUUUUUGUACCUUAAUAACAAUAAGUUGAAUGGGUUUCACACACCAAGCCCUGGGCAACCUUCAAUUCUUUGUAGAUUAAAGUUGUCUUUCAAUCAAUUUACAAGGCUACCCGAAGGUAUCGAGAAACUUUCCAAUCUCGAAUAUUUGGGAAUGUCUUCAAAUUUGUUGGAAGAUACAAUCACCGAAAGGUACCUCUCAAACUUUGCCAACUUACGAGUCCUAGAUUUAUCCAAUAACUCCUUGACCUUCAACUUGAGCUCAGAUUGGAUUCCUCCCUUCCAAUUGGAAUCAGUACAGCUCAGCUAUUGCCAUUUGGGGCCUCAUUUUCCAAAUUGGAUUCAAACUCAGAAUUCUCUUGAAAUUCUUGACAUCUCUUUCGCUGGUAUAUCGGAUGUAGUACCUCAUUGGUUGGGGAAUAUGUCUUCUUUAACAAACUUAGUUUUUCACAUAACGAUAUUAGAGGUACAAUUCCUAAUUUGCCGUCAGGGUUGA